CAUCCGUGGGGACCCUGCACUCAGCCAUCAGAGCGUUCCUGCCACCCAGGAUGCUCCUAAUUCAGUAGUAGAUGCAGGUGGCGUUGAAAGCAUCACCCGGUGUCCCCAGCAGCUUCCUCAGAUGAUGGCUGCAGCAGCCGAUGGUUUGGGGAGUAUAGCGAUAGACACCACGCAGCUCAACAUGUCCGUGACAGAUCCCACAGCCUGGGCUACCGCCAUGAAUAACUUGGGCAUGGUUCCCGUGGGGCUGCCUGGACAGCAGCUCGUGUCCGACUCAAUCUGUGUCCCAGGCUUCGAUCCAGGCCUCAACAUGAUGACUGGGAUCACCCCCAUUAACCCAAUGAUACCAGGCCUGGGGCUUGUACCACCCCCACCACCAACAGAAGUGGCUGUCGUCAAAGAAAUAAUCCACUGCAAAAAUCUUCCACCACCUUCCACAAGAGAACGACCUCCUGGGUGUAAGACCGUGUUUGUCGGAGGAUUACCAGAAAAUGCUACUGAGGAAAUUAUUCAAGAAGUCUUUGAGCAGUGCGGUGAUAUUACAGCCAUUCGGAAAAGCAAGAAGAAUUUUUGUCACAUUCGAUUUGCAGAGGAAUUCAUGGUUGACAAAGCCAUUUACCUUUCCGGUUACCGGAUGCGAUUAGGGUCCAGCACGGACAAAAAGGACUCGGGCCGCCUGCACGUGGACUUCGCCCAGGCCAGGGACGACUUCUACGAGUGGGAAUGCAAGCAGCGGAUGCGCGCACGCGAGGAGCGGCACCGGCGCAAGCUGGAGGAAGACCGGCUGCGGCCACCCUCGCCGCCGGCCAUCAUGCACUACUCGGAGCACGAGGCAGCGCUGCUGGCCGAGAAGCUGAAAGAUGAUAGCAAGUUUUCAGAGGCUAUCACAGUGCUCCUUUCCUGGAUCGAACGAGGGGAGGUGAAUCGGCGUUCCGCAAACCAAUUCUAUUCCAUGGUGCAGUCAGCCAAUAGCCACGUCCGCCGGCUGAUGAAUGAAAAAGCCACCCACGAACAGGAGAUGGAAGAGGCCAAGGAGAAUUUUAAAAAUGCCUUAACUGGAAUCCUCACUCAAUUUGAGCAGAUUGUGGCCGUUUUCAACGCUUCUACCAGACAAAAAGCUUGGGACCAUUUCUCGAAAGCUCAGCGCAAGAACAUAGACAUUUGGCGAAAGCAUUCUGAGGAGCUCCGGAACGCUCAGAGUGAGCAGCUCAUGGGCAUCCGUCGCGAAGAAGAAAUGGAAAUGUCAGAUGAUGAGAAUUGUGACAGCCCUACUAAAAAAAUGCGAGUCGAUGAAUCAGCCCUGGCCGCUCAGGCCUAUGCUCUUAAAGAGGAGAACGACAGUCUCCGUUGGCAGCUGGAUGCCUACAGGAAUGAGGUGGAGCUGCUGAAACAAGAGAAGGAACAGCUUUUUCGAACAGAGGAAACCGUCACCAAGGACCAGCAGCUGCAGUUCCUGCAGCAGACCAUGCAAGGCAUGCAGCAGCAAUUGCUGACCAUCCAGGAAGAGUUAAACAACAAAAAGUCAGAACUGGAACAAGCAAAGGAAGAACAGUCACACACGCAGGCAUUACUUAAAGUCCUCCAGGAACAGUUAAAAGGUACCAAGGAAAUGGUCGAGACCAAUGGCCACAGCCAUGAGGACACAAAUGAAAUCAAUGUGUUGACAGUCGCCUUGGUCAACCAAGACCGAGAGAACAAUAUUGAAAAAAGAAGCCAAGGCUUAAAAUCAGAGAAAGAAGCUCUGCUAAUUGGCAUCAUAUCAACGUUUCUUCACGUCCACCCUUUUGGAGCCAAUAUAGAGUAUCUCUGGUCAUACAUGCAGCAGCUGGACUCCAAGAUAUCUGCAAACGAAAUCGAAAUGCUUCUGAUGAGGCUGCCACGCAUGUUUAAACAGGAAUUCACAGGCGUGGGAGCAACGUUGGAAAAAAGGUGGAAGCUGUGUGCCUUUGAAGGAAUUAAAACAACUUAACUGUGAAGAGCCAGCAAAUCUCUGGAAACGAAACCGCCUGACAGGGCCAGGGCUGUGCAGCGUGAGCACUGGAAGCUGGGGUUGGUCCGGCCUGGGGCCCCUGUGGAGCCAUCGGGGCCUGACUUCAGUUACAUCUGUGGCGUCCUCCUGUGAGUGGAAAUGUGAUUGUGUACCAGUUCCCUAAAACAAAGCUUCAUACUGUGACAGAUCUGUUUCCUAUGAACACCCAACGAUUCCACAGUCAUAAUGAUGGCAAAAUCUUAAAAUAUGCUACAUUUGAGAAUAGCUCACCCAGCAAAAUAUUUAAAGUUAAUGACGGUGUAGCAAUGGUUGUCGCUAGGCUACAGAGUUGUAUAUGUAAUGUAUAGCUGAAAUCAUUCAAUGACAUUUUCCUGAAAGUCUUUCUGUUUUAGUAAAAAA